AACCUCCUCCAACAUCUCGGAGGACGGUAGUCAACUGAUGGUUUGCUCUUCAGUUCUCAGUUUAACUUCUCUUUGCAUCCCUAUUCCAAUCCCUCCAUUAUCAAGCAUCGUCCAGCGGCCAGCCUUGUCCAAUGUUAAACGGCGAGCAACACCGCUACGAUGCCCCGCCGUGUGACAAACCGCGGCCGAUCCCGUUCGACCCGGGGUUCUCAUCAGCUACCAUUGAUUGACUCCCUCGAGGGACUGAUCAUGUGGUUGCCUCCGCGAGAGGACUUACCCAGGCACGCCGAGCUCCCCAAGGGGUGCUACGGUCACCCUGUGGUGAUACUCUCCCCGCAAGCGUCAUUGCCCGCACACUGCGUUGUUGUCCUAAUUGUGACGUCCUUGGGUGAAACGGAUGUGCGCGAGAAGUUUCCACACGACAUCGAACAGAGACGAGCAUACCUACCCAUCCACCCGGCCCGGAACCAAGACACGAGGAUUCAACUCCGUCUUCAGAACGGCGCUACGAUGCGGAAGAAGUCCUACGCCAACACACGACAGCAACGAACCAUCCCGCUCGACUGUCUACAACCUUACGAUCGCAACGACGCCACGGCCCAACACGUCCUGACAAGCGACUCUUACGAAAAGCUGGCCCGCCACGCCGGCUUCGUAUUCGACGCGGCAGAACCCUCCGACAACGCUCACACACCCGACCCGAUCGCGGACGGCGACCUGAUCGCCGGGGUUAUAGCCCUCUUGGAGCACAGCACAGGGCCAACUGAUGGGUUCCCCAGCUCGCGACCAGCCACGUACCACACGCUUGCCGACCGGAGAAGACUAUCCGUACCGUCGUCGCCGUCGCGGUCGCCAUCACCAGCCCGGCCAGCACCACCCCCGCCAGCACCAUUCCCGCCAUCACCGCCACCAGGCGGGUACUACAACAACACCCUCAUCGAGCAUCACCACCGCCAGCACACCACCACCCAACCUGCGCGACAACAAAUCCCACCAGCACCACUGCCCCCCCAGCCGAACCAGCCCCUCCUCCCCCGCUACCACUCCCGUCCGCCGGCGCGCUACACCUGUCCGAGCAUUGGAGGCCUCGUGUCAGGCGUGGCGUGGUGUCUCAACGAGGUCACUGCGCACGGCGUGCUGCUGGGGCUGAUGGCCUUGGGGCUGCUGUGGGUGUGCGUGAGGUGGGGGGUCGAGUUGCUGGGCGGUGCGGUUUGGUUUGCCGGGGGUGUUAUUGAGUUGGCCGUGGGGCCUGGGUUGGAUGAUGAGUGGUUGUUGGCAUAGUUGUUGUGUUAUGGAGUUGUGUGGAUGUGAUGGUGUUGUUGUCAGCAUUUUGGAUUGGGAUAGAACAAAACACUGCAUUGGACAAGUUCCUGGCUUAGACGUUAGGAGUGCCGUAGAUAGAAAGAAGAGGACGUUGGAUGUGAAUCAGUUGCGCUUCACAGUAUGCGCCAUGACUGGCCAUUCAGAAUCCCGAGUUUAUUAAUCCUCCGCCCUCAUUGUUCACUCUCCCGCCUCAUCCAUCAUCACUUACACCACACUCGUAUAUCAUGCUCCGGUUACGCCCUC